AUGCAGAUCCAUUUGCGUAUCCUCCCGAUCCUCUGCACCAUCGCCGCGGUGGUUUCGGCUGCUCCAUCCGGCAUCCUUCCACGCUCCGGUAGCGUCUCCACCACGUCCAACAACAAGGCCAACGAGCCCGCCGGUAAAUGCCACAUGAUCGAGUUCCCGCACUUCGAGAUCCCGGGCAUCGACGACGCCAUUACGAACCCGGAGCACAAACAGAAGCCUGCGCCGGUCGUCUACACAGACCCAUCAUCCAACAGCACCUUCAACUAUUACAAUUCGGCAGACGAAAAUAUUUCCACGCUGGUUUGCGAGACCACCUGGGCAUCUCCCACCUACGACGAGAUCGCCCACCUCAUCUCAAGGGUCCUCGAUAUGGGGGAGCAUGAUUUCACUGCCAGUACUUUUCCUAGCCCUCAACCUGAGCAGCUGCUGAGUACCAUCGCUGAGGAUGAGGCCGAAAUGUUCGACCAUCGGCCUUCACCGUCUACUGACGCCUUCGUCAAAGCCUUCCGCGACUGCGUCCGUGAGCAGGACCGUGACAGUAAAAACGUUUUAGUGUCACAGAGUAAUAGUUUUUAUUGCCACGAGUGA